AUGGAGUCAGAGAUGAGAGAUCCUCAGUCAUUGCAGGAGGAAAGAUAUGACAUGUCCGGUGCCCGCCUGGCCCUGACGCUGUGUGUCACCAAAGCCCGGGAGGGUUCCGAGGUAGACAUGGAGGCCCUGGAAGACAUGUUCCGUUACCUGAAAUUUGAAAGCACCAUGAAGAGGGAUCCCACCGCCCAGCAAUUUCUGGAAGAGUUGGAUGAAUUUCAGCAGACCGUAGAAAAUUGGGAAGAGCCCGUCAGCUGUGCCUUCGUGGUACUCAUGGCACAUGGUGAGGAAGGCCUCCUCAAAGGAGAAGAUGAGAAGAUGGUCAGACUAGAAGACCUUUUUGAAGUCUUGAACAACAAGAACUGCAAGGCCCUGAGAGGCAAGCCAAAGGUGUACAUCAUCCAGGCCUGCAGAGGAGAGCACAGAGACCCCGGUGAAGAACUAGGUGGAGAUGAGGUUGCUGUGCUCAAGAACAACCCCCAAACUAUCCCAACCUAUACGGAUACCGUCCACGUCUACUCCACGGUAGAGGGGUUCCUCUCCUAUAGACAUGACCAGAACGGCUCUGGCUUCAUCCAAACUCUGACGGAUGUGUUCAUACAUAACAAAGGAUCCAUCUUAGAACUGAUAGAAGAGGUCACCCGACGUAUGGCAAACACGGAGGUGAUGCAGGAAGGAAAACCGAGGAAAGUGAACCCUGAAGUCCAAAGCACCCUCCGGAAGAAGCUCUAUCUGCAAUAA